ACUAUUACAACUUUAGUCACGACAAUAAAUCCGUAGCACCAACAAUGCAGGCUAAAAUGAUUUCAUUCUUGAUAGCAAUAGCAUUACUAUUCUUGGAAUGUAACUGCUGUAGUGGUGGAGGGAGCGAAGCAGUAACUAAGGAUACUUUUGAUAAUUCUAUCCCAAUGACCUGGAAACUUAAAGUUACGGAAAUGUUUGAUAUUAAAUGGGAAGAAUUAAUUCAAAAACCUGUGAUCUAUGUAGAUGGAGUUAAUUAUUAUGAUCUAGGUGACAAUCGUCGUGUGCCAAUUACUUUGGAACCUUUUCGAAAUCAUAAAAAUUUUAAUGAUGAUAAAAAGCAAUUUUUUAGUAUCAAAAUUAGAAUACCAACUGUUUUUGAACCAGACUAUUUGAAACCGAUUCAGCAGUCAACUGUCAAUGGAACUUCUAAGCUUCUAGCUUACACAUAUGUCAGUAGUUCCUAUAAUGUUCUUAGAUAUUCUUCAGUUAAUCCUCAAAAUUACGAUAACGCAGAAACUUGGAAGGUCGAUUCAUCAAAACCAAUCUUAUUCCAAACGUUUGGUAAUCAAGUGAAAAUCGACUUCUCGAUUCGCAAAGCUUAAAUUCAGCACAAUAGCAUUUUAUUUUCUAUCUCAAUGAAUCAAUUAUUAAUAGUUAUGAUUUUCAAAAUUUAAAAAUAAAAUGUUGAUUUUACUCAAAUAUUUAUUUUGACAAAUAUUAUGACUGUAACAAGAUUAUUUUAUAUUUAUCUGUAUUUAAAAUACAUAAUGAAAAAAAUUAAACUGAUGUGAUUAAUUAUUCAAUCCUUUCAUUAGUGGUUUAAAAAUUUGUUCAUCAUUAGAAACUAUUUGAGAUCUCUAAGUCAUACCAUGGAAUUAUUUGGUUCCUGAGUAGCCAAGAAUAGCAAAAAAAUUUUAGAUCAAUCUAAAUAUUAUUUUCAGAAUUAUAUAAAAAAAAAGAAAAUCACUUCACCCGAAUUCAGACAGCUUUUUUAAAUGCAUUAAAAAUCGUACGCAAUUAUAAACUCUUAAGAAUUAUUACAGAAUUUGCCAAUAUUUUCUCGUGUUGGUAAGUCCGAAGAGAGCAAAGAAAUUUUAGUUCAGUAUGAUCAUUAUUUACAAGAAUAUAAUCAUUUAUAAAAAAUUCUUGAAUGGCCAAUUUCACUUAAUUUUAAAGACUAAUCCGGAUUCUAAAAUUAUU